AUGAGCGAAUUGCGAACGCGUCGCUCGCUUCGAUCCUCUUCGAACAGUGAAAGUCCUGUAAAAAGGACGAGAAGAUCGAUUCAACAAAGCGCUCAGCCAAUAACGACACCAAAACGACCUAGGAAGAUAAGGGAAAAGGACGAGUCCGAUGGAAGUAGCGAAGAGGCAACGCCGGCAAGCUUUCAACAAAGAGAGAAACGGCGUCGAAGGGUUAAAGACGAAACAAAAGAGAUUUCAAGCGAUGAUUGCACGGAAAAGAAACGAAAAGGAAAAGAGACGAAAACGACGCCGACGAAGAAAAGGGAACAAUUGAGUAGCGAUGACGAGGACUUGCCACAAGGCGAAUUUCGGCCAAGCUCCGAAGAGAAAAAAUCGGUGAAAGACGAGUAUGCGAGAGUGGCGCUUGAAUAUGAUGAGUUGAGAAAAAGCGAGGGAUUGCAAGUAUGGAACGAAGUGCACAGUGCGGAGCGGCGUCGAAUCAUUGUCGACGAGGAAAGGAAAGAGAUUCUCGUUCGACUCGCCGAUUUCAUUCCCCAAACGCACUCGACUCAUUUAUCGGGAUUGAUGAAGGUAGAGCCAAUUAAUGGAGGAGAUUCUCAAACAGUGCCAUUCAUUCCACUCCCCAGCGGCUUUAAAUUCACUCAAGUGCCACCGAUGAUGUUCUGGACUCAUACUGAGAACAAUCUUCGGACUGAGGACGAGCGAGCUUUGUCACACAUUCCAUUUAUUGGGGAGACUGAUGAGGAUUUAGCGUUCGGCGAGGAGUUGAUGGAUGAUUUUGAAGAGGGGAUUCACGGUGUGCGCGAGGGUUGGGGAAGAUAUUUGAACGAUUGGAUGCUUUAUCGAAUGUUGAGAACUUUAGAGGCAAAAUUCUCGAGUUCUGGUCGAAACAAAGAGGAUCUCCAUAAAACGAUUCAUUAUUUGUUCCCGAAUAAAUGCACUGUUAGACAAUUGGGCACACAUGUUCACGAUUUUCGACCUCGUUUACUCAUUAGUAAAACGAUGAAAGCACAGGAAGGCGAGACUUUUCUGCAUUCAAUCGAAGCCGUCUACUGUCCACGGUGUUGUUGCUUUGACUGUCAGACGCAUGGUCUGAUUGACGAGGGUCGAGUGUGGAAGAAAUCAUGCGAUUUGCCGGAACGAGAGCCCGACUCAAAGGAGCGGAUACGAUCAACGAUUUGUGGAGGCAUGUGCUAUAAAUUGGAUGAGCCAUGGAAAACGGAGAAAACGGCUUCUUCUGGCACACCGCAUCGCGGGCGGCCGGCAAAGGGGAAACUCUCGCUCGAUCUAUCCUCUUCAGCUUCCCCAUCGAAACCGCAACUCAAAUUCCCCGAUAAUCACGCUUUUCUCGAAGCACAUUUCAAAAAAAUGGCCAUCGAUCGAAACGGGGCUCAUUCAGCGUGCCGAUUGGCGAAACUCGUGAAAAUCUACGUGAAAAAGCCGGCUUUCACAAUAACAUGCAAAGAGAUGUUUAACUUUUUACGGUCACAAGGCAUCGCCGAGUUCGUCGCUGAUCCGAAAGAGGAGGGUGAACCCGAGAAGAAACGUCGAGAUCAGCAUCAAACUUUUCGUUCGACGAGGCACAAACUUGGCGAGGUCUCAAUCUCGCAUCAAGUCCAGCCGUGUAAUCAUCCGGGCAAGAAAUGUGUGGAAGGGAUUUGCGCGUGUUUACGCGACAACAAUGUGUGCACAAAGUAUUGUCAAUGCGAGGAUUGUCCCCACAAAUUCCCUGGGUGCAAGUGCGCGGCCGGCAAAUGCAACACUCGACAGUGCGCGUGUUUCUUGGCGAAUUUCGAGUGUGAUCCCGAUUUGUGCAAAGAGUGUGGCGCAGAAUUCGAUGUCGACUCGUGUAUCGAGGGAAAUCAUUUAACGGAGAUCAGCCAAGAUGGGGAUCAAAUCAAAGAUCAAACGGGUGAAGCGGACGAGGACGAGUCGAAACGGAGCGAUUCAAAAGAAAGAGAAUUGCCCGAUGAGCGAAAGAAACGAAAAAGCGAAAACACGAAAUCGGGCUCUAAACCCCCGCCCUCUUGCACAAAUGUUCAACUCCAAAGAAAUCAGCAAAAGAGGUUAUUGGUUGGCGUCUCUGAUAUCGCCGGUUGGGGAUGUUUUGUUGAUGAAAACGUGAAAAGAGGGGAAUUGAUUAGUGAAUAUUGUGGAGAGGUGAUCUCUGUGGAUGAGUGCGAGCGUCGUGGGCGAAUCUACGAUCGAAUCGGAUGCUCGUAUAUAUUUAAGUUAAAUGACGAGCAAGCUGUGGAUGCGACUCGAAUCGGGAACUCGAUUCGUUUCGCCAAUCAUUGUGAUGAGCCAAAUUGUGUGCCAAGGGUAAUGAUCGUGAAUGGAAUGCAUCGAAUCGGGAUUUACGCACGAAAAGAUAUCCGAGCUGGUGACGAGAUUUUCUUCAACUAUUCUUACGAGAGGGUACAGAAGAUACAAUUUGUGGGGAAACGCCGAAGAAGGAACGAUAUUGAUGAAGAAGAGUUAAAAAAGCGGCUUCACGAAGACUACAAACAUCUUCAUUAUCUGAAUAUCGAUGAAGUGAAUAAAAGUCGAAAAUCGAUAGAAAAGGAGACGAAAAGAGGAAAAAGAGUGAUCAGAGAGGGAAAUAUGGAAGGAGAUGAAGGAGAGAAGGAGGGACACGCCGGGGAAGAGGUCGAGGGGAUCGAUGGGGAGAGGCGUUCAUCGCAGCCA